AUGCGGUUCCCACAGCUGGUCAGAAAGAAGCCACGAAGCGUGAAAAAGACCUUUGAUCAACUUGAAGCUGCUGUUUGAUGAUGCAAGCCGGCAAACUCUCCGUACAGAAACCAUUGACCGAGGAGCCAUUUUAGUGAGUUGGGCUUCCUUAGAAGUGUGUGCAGUUUUGACCUUGACGUACCAACUCCUCAAGGUCGUACCGUGGACAAAAAAAAACGGAAGCAAGAGUGUCGCACCCUUUGUUUCAGCACCGUCCGACAGGACCAGAUGUUCCACCGUUUUUUCUGACAGGAUGGGAAGAAGGUUAACCUUUCAGUGUGACAUCAACGUUGGUCAGAGACCAUGGAAAAUUUUCAAAGGUCGAUUUGCACCAUAAAGUCAUGACUGUAGUAUUCCAUGGACAUGUCCAUCCACAUCUAGUUUAUAGAGAAGUCUACGUGACUUGUACGUGAAGUUUUAGGUGAUAAACAAGGUGAGAGUACAGUAAACAAGACAAGAAAGGUCUGAAGGAGAGGUGGAACGCAGGUUAAAGCCAUGAGUACGGAUGAAGGUGCCAAAAACGGGGACGCAGCCUCAGGAAUGCAUAGAAGCGGUAGCGACAAUGUUCUCGUGAAGCCGACAGUACACUUUCAGGUCGAAAACUGCGAAGAAACGGAAAACCAGCCUGAAAACGGCGCGGUCGAAAGCCCCGAACACGAAGAGGACUCUGUGGAAAAUGGAGAUCACGCGUUUUCUGAUCAGGAGGAGGGUUCGCCUGUGAGGCCAGAAGGACAGGGUCUAGCGGCAGAAGCUCCACGGAUACGCAGUCCGUCUGUGGCAGAAGUUAAAGGCAAGGCGUAUGAGAGAUUACAGGAGGAACUAAGUCGUGCACAACAGGAACUUCUGCUGAAGGAUGAAGAGUGUGAAAAGUUGUCUCGUGUUCGGGACCAGAUCGGACAGGAGUUGGAAGAGUUGACAGCCAGCUUGUUUGAGGAGGCCCACAAUAUGGUCAGAGAAGCUAAUGUUGCCAGAGCAUCCGCAGAGAAAAGGCUGAAGGAGGCCAACAGUAAGAUUGACAUGCUGCAGGCGGAAGUGGAGGCCCUGAAGACCCUGGUCAUCACGUCCACUCCCAGCAUGCCUAACCACCAGCACCACCCGCAGCUGCAGGCGCCCGCCAAGUCCGGCAUCACGGCCGCGCACUUCCAGACUCACAAGCGCUCCACCAGCUUCGAACCGCAGACCGCCAAACAGAAACAAGCGGCGGCCGCCGCAGCUUCAACACCACAGGACAGCAAAGACCAGGAGGAGGUUGAGCUGGACCCAAUCCUACACCAGGAGUUCAUGACCUGGCGGAAGAGUCCAAGUCUGACGAGGGAUGUGCCGUUUCUCGCCAGGAUAUACAGCGAAGACAUCUUACCCUGUCUGGAGUUCAAGAACGCGGAGUUGGCUGCAGCCGUUCAAGAAGCAGUAGAGAACAACACACUGUGUAUAGAGCCAAUAAACGGGGUGUCGUCAUUUCCAAGGUUAUGUGCCCUGAGUCAGGUGACCAAAGUUUGUAAGUACAGACUGAAACUGGAGAAUGAUGACAAGACUUACAACAUCUCACAGGCCACCAGGAAUAGGAUAGCUGCAGUAUGUGACUUCAUGACGUAUAUCAGAUAUAUCCAGCUUGGGUUGGUCAAGUCUGUAGAGUUGCCAAUGUAUUUGGAGAUUGUUCGGUUGCGAAAGAGGAUGGCCCUAGCCAAGCUGGGCUGUCUACAGACAACGGGGUGAAGUCUGCCAUCCUCAUCAUUGUAAUGUCCAAUAUAUGGAACAAGAAGGAAGUCACUGGUAGCUUGCCGUUCAGAAAUACUGAUAGCAUUCCGUGGUUUGAGUCAAAUCCUUGGUGUAGUGAUAUAGGCAAAAAAUAGAGCGGUAUGUUUUGUGCAACACGUGAAACAUGUGACUCAAAAUGUCA